UCGCAAUAUCUACGCUAUAUUUCAGACACUAUUCUAACCCGCAGCUUGUUAGUAAUACAAGCUAACAACUUUAUGUUAGCGUGUGUUGCAUAUGAAAAAGAUGGCAUUGGCCAGAUUACUAAAACACAAAGACGACGAACAGUGUCAUUAGUACUGCUAAUGAUGGCGACGCUACUCUGAUUGAGGAUACUCGGUCUGAAAUUGUUUUACGUUUAUUGUAAUGAUGGGAUGGACCUCUGUCGACAUACGAUCGGACACACUUACACGGAACCAGCGCCCGCUCGUCAUCCGACAAGCAGUAAAAUCGUCGACGACGUCAUCCCCAUACUCACCAGUGCAGAUGUCUGCGCAAAAAACAGCCUGCCGAUCGUGAUAGGAGUGUUAUUGGCGGCGACUGCUGCGGGCGCGACAAGACAGAGGGCGAUACGGGAGACGUGGGGAGGCGGAGAAAAUGCUGCGGUCGCCGACAGCAACGUCACCAUCGUGUUCGUGCUUGGAACGUGCGAUAGGGACGUCACUCGGCAACAACUCGCCAUCGAGGCGCGCGCGCACGGUGACGUCAUCCAGGGCGCCUUCGCCGACACCUAUCGCAACUUGACCAUGAAGACGCUUUUCUUGCUACAAUGGACAUCGUCGCAGUAUCCGGACGCCACCUAUCUGCUGAAAACCGACGACGACGUAUUCAUCAACGUCGACUCGCUACUGAAGCUGACAAGGAGCACUGCGCGCACGGGUGCGUUAAUCGGGUGUAUCAAUCGGAGAUCUAAGGUCGUGCGCUCACUGGGCUCGAAGUGGCAAGUGUCGCGCUCACUGUACAGCGCCCCCUACUAUCCGGCGUAUGUGGGCGGAGCUGGCUUCCUCAUGUCAGCGGAUGUUGUUAAGGCCCUGCAUGCAGCCGCCAUGCGCACUGCUAUGAUUCCCGUAGAAGAUGCCUUUAUCACGGGCGUGGUAGCAGCGAGGGUCGGUGUUGUUCCGUGCAAUAGUGAUCGGUUUGGCUGGUACGGUGCUGUGAGGCGGACACCGUGUGAGGCUCAGUACGCAAUUACUACUCAUCUGCUGAUGGGAGCAACCAUGCUCGAAUUGUGGAAUAUGACAAAGCGCGCUAAAACCACGAAGUGUUAACGAGAUCAAUUAUUCGAGUUUUAACGCGUUUGGCGAAUCUUAACCUGUUCAAUGUAUAAAAUCCCGACUACAUUAAACUUUAGUUCGCCACAAACGGAAAAUUACAUGUUUUGUUAUUUUUGUCUCGGAGUCUCAUUAGCUCACAAGCAUUCGCCUGGCGAAACUCGUGGUUCCCUCCCUGCGAAUCAAAUAAUAUGAAAACCCUCUUUUUCACAUUGGAGUAUUAAAUUUAACUAGCUAUUACCCGUCCUCCAGACGAGUUUGAGUGGGGGUCUGAUUUGAGGA